UUGGACACCAAACUCGUGAGUUAAAAAAUAUGUUUUUUCGAAAACACACGUUCAACUCAACAAAAUAUUUAAUUUACUACCUCAAACCGCUAAACCUCAAAAUUGAGAUGUCAACAGUGAAAUUUUCAGGAUGAAUCAUUGGAGCUCGAAGACACACAGGUCGAAAGCCGCAAAAUAUUGAAGAAACAUUUGCCGACAUCGGCACCGCAAAAUCUGAGCGUGAAAACAAAGAAACGAAAGAAGAAUGGAAAGAAGAAAAAGGUAUUUCCGCGAAGUGUGCCGAGCAAAGAAAGAAAAGCAAGAAGAGUGAGUUAGAAUUAUUUUACAUCAAAAAAAAAAAAUAAUAAUUUUUCAGAAAAUCGCCAGAGGACAGGGCCUGCGCAAUGGAUAUCAAAAUGUCACUGUGACAGAUGACUCAAAAUCGGAAGAAGAUCCGGAACCGGAUAACUCGAAGCAAAGUAACGGAUGUUGGAGUUGAAAGGACCUAGAAAACAAAGAAACGAAAAAAGCAAGAAGAGUGAGUUAGAAUUAUUUGACAUCAAAAAAAAAAGAAAUAAUUUUUCAGAAAAUCGCCAGAGGACAGGGCCUGCGCAAUGGAUAUCAAAAUGUCACUGUGACAGAUGACUCAAAAUCGGAAGAAGAUCCGGAACCGGAUAACUCGAAGCAAAGUAACGGAUGUUGGAGUUGA